CGUCUUUUCGAGUAAUUACUCAGUUUACUUGUCCUCUCAUGAAAAAUGCACAACCAAAACUUUCGGAGGGCGAAGUUGACAACAAUGAUCUGAACAAUUUAACGUUAUCCUCUGAAAAGCAAAUUCUGGAGAAUUUUAGCAAUACAACGAAUAUCUUCAUAAAUGAGAAUGUCAUUGCUAAUGGUAAUAGUAAAAAGCAUGACGCUUUCUUUUCAACGUUUUACAUAAUAAUUGUUGGACAAAAUGCUUUAUUUCAUUGUAAAGUAUUUUGA